GGCCAGCACAGAGCGGCAACUAGUAACGUCUCCCUCCCUCGCCGUUUCCUUUCCAGCCACGACGACAGCGACGGAGGGGGAUAAAAUCCCAACCCCAACCCCAGGGCGUCGCUGUACUGUACAGGGAGCACUUCAGGAAGCGUCGGUGCUAUCCACUCCACUCCGCGACGCCAUAGAUAGCUAUACGGGACGACGGCCAGCUUGCUCCCGCUCCCGGUACCGGUGUUGGUGGAGAGACGAGGAAUUCCCAGAAGUUAUAUGAACAACAACUAUGGCUACGAUUGAAGAUAUAGGUGUUUCUGCAGCUAUCAACAUACUGAGUGCCGUCAUAUUCCUGCUAGCAUUUGCUUUCCUACGGCUACAGCCCAUCAAUGACAGGGUUUACUUCCCGAAGUGGUAUCUGAAAGGUUCAAGACAAAGCCCAAGCCAUGGGGGUGCAUUUGUACGGAAGUUUGUAAAUUUGGACAUGCGAUCAUACUUGAAGUUCUUAAGUUGGAUGCCUGCUGCUCUCCAAAUGCCAGAGGAUGAGUUGAUUAGCCAUGCAGGGCUUGAUUCAGCUGUCUAUCUGCGGAUCUACUUGACAGGGCUUAAAAUAUUUGUUCCAAUCACAAUUCUAGCAUUUCUUGUUCUUGUUCCUGUUAAUUGGACAAAUGAUACCCUUGAGGGCUUGAAGGUAGAGCACAGUGAUAUCGACAAACUUUCGAUAUCCAACAUACCUUUUGGGUCGAAGAGGUUCAUAGCUCACUUGACUAUGGCUUAUGUUUUCACAUUUUGGACAUGCUAUGUUCUGUUGCGGGAGUAUGAAAUAGUCGCAACAAUGAGAUUGCGUUUUCUUGCAUCAGAGAAACGCCGCCCAGACCAGUUCACAGUCCUGGUGCGGAAUAUACCACCUGAUCCAGAUGAAUCAAUUGGUGAGCUUGCAGAGCAUUUCUUCCUUGUGAAUCAUCCUGACCACUAUCUCACACAUCAGGUUGUUUAUAAUGCAAAUAAGCUCGCCAAACUGGUCAAAGAGAAGAAGAAGAUGCAGAAUUGGCUCGACUACUAUCAGCUGAAGUAUGAAAGAAAUACAAGUAAAAGGCCUACUGUUAAGACUGGUUUUCUUGGAUGUUUUGGUUCUAAAGUGGAUGCUGUUGAACACUGCGCAUCGGAAAUUGAGAGGAUAGAAAAGGAAGAAGCUGAAGAACGUGAAAAGAUCGUGAAGGAUCCCAAGUUAGUUGUUCCAGCGGCAUUUGUCUCCUUCAGAACACGGUGGGGUGCAGCAGUAUGCGCUCAGACACAACAAACCAGUAAUCCGACGGUUUGGUUGACUGAGUGGGCUCCAGAACCUCGUGAUGUGUACUGGGAUAAUUUGUCUAUUCCAAUUGUUCACCUUACAGUUAGAAGGUUGAUAAUUGCGGUAGCAUUCUUCUUUCUGAACUUCUUUUAUGUGAUCCCAAUCGCAUUUGUUCAGUCCCUUGCAAAUAUUGAAGGGAUUGAGAAGGCAGUUCCAUUUCUGAAGCCUAUAAUUGAAAUGCCUACUAUCAAAUCGUUCAUCCAAGGGUUCCUUCCUGGAAUUGCUCUGAAGAUCUUCCUUAUACUACUCCCAAGCAUAUUAAUGUUUAUGUCAAAGGUUGAAGGAUUGACAUCAGUGUCUUCAUUGGAAAGAAGAUCUGCAUCGAAGUACUAUAUCUUCUUAUUCUUUAAUGUAUUCCUGGCAAGCAUCAUUGCUGGAUCUGCUUUGGAGCAGCUACAAACCUAUCUUCACCAGUCAGCAAAUCAAAUACCAAGGACAAUUGGUGUAGCAAUUCCAAUGAAGGCAACCUUUUUCAUAACGUAUGUAAUGGUUGAUGGAUGGGCUGGGGUAGCUGGUGAAAUAUUGAGAUUGAAGCCAUUGGUUAUUUUCCACUUGAAAAACUUUUUCUUGGUCAAGACUGAGAAAGACAGAGACGAGGCAAUGGACCCUGGAAGUAUUGGUUUUGAUUCAAAUGAACCCCAAAUACAGCUCUAUUUCUUACUUGGUCUCGUCUAUGCUGUGGUCACGCCGUUUUUGCUUCCGUUCAUAUUGGUAUUCUAUGUGCUCGCAUACGUGGUCUACCGCCAUCAGAUAAUAAAUGUGUACAAUCAAGAAUAUGAGAGUGCGGCUGCAUUUUGGCCAAGUGUUCAUGGGCGUAUAAUCACAGCAUUGAUCGUAUCGCAGCUGCUUUUCCUUGGAUUAUUAAGCACAAAAGGCGCAGGCCAGUCAACACCAGUGCUCCUUGUUCUUCCUGUGGUGACCUUUUAUUUCCACAAAUACUGCAAGAACCGCUAUGAACCUGCUUUUGUGGAAUAUCCAUUACAGGAGGCAAUGAGGAAAGACACCCUAGAACGUGCGCGAGAGCCAGGGUUUGACCUGAAAACGUACCUGGCAAGCGCGUACAUCCACCCGGUUUUCAAAGGCGGCGACGACGAUGAGAAAUUCUCCAUGAUGGAUGAAGCGGAGGCAGACCAGGUCCUUGUGGCAACGAAGCGGCAAUCGAGACGGAACACCCCUGUCCCUAGCAGACACAACGGUUCAGAAGCACCUUCUCUGCCUGAAAUUGUAAAUGAUCAGCGACUAUGAUAGAGAGUUUGGCAGUGUACAUUGAGUAAAAAGCACUGUAAUUCGUUUCGGUAUUGCUUUUUCUUUUUGAGUUGCCGGUAUUGCUUUUUCACAAUAAGGAGCAAUGGCCAAUAUUAUAUUAUGUACAUGGAAAAAGUUCAAGUUCUUUGGUCCUGUGUUUACACUUGAAA